UCCGGGCACGCUGGCCUUUACCUCGUUCUCUCCUUUCCCCCCGACUGACCGUGACGGGCGCGCCCGUCUCCAUCGUCGCCUCCCAGCCAAGAGGAGGCGGCGCGGACGGAGCUACUGCUGUUGGCUACCUAAGCCUGACGCUGGCCGGACGCCGGCGCCAACUGCCCUCUAAUGUGCAUGUACUCCGACGCGGCAGGUCAGGUACGCAGGUACGCGCCCGCCAACGCACUGACACGCGCGCACCGGCCGGGACAGUACUGCUGGGUUUAUAUACCCGCCACGCCACGGGCGGCAUCACCCGCGCGCGCCGGGCGUCAAGAGCACAGAAGAGGCAGCAGGUAGAGAGGGAGGGGAGCGACCGAGCUCGUCGGGUAGCGGAGGACGAUGACCAGCAACGGUGCGGCCGGCGUGGCGGUGGCGGGACCAGGCGGCGCCAAGGCCGCCGCCGCGCUGCGGCUGCAGCACUACCUCGUCAUGGCCGGGGUGGCGGCCGCCGUCGUGCUCGCCUGCCUCAGGUACGCGCCGCCGGCCGCCGCCGGGGGGUACGGCUUCCUGGCCGUCGCGCCGCGGGCGGGGGCCGCCGGGCGCCUCGCCCACGCGGGUGCCGGUGAUGCCCGGCGGGAUCCCCCUACGGCGGCGGCGCCGUCGCCCGUGGUGAUCUUCAACUUCGGGGACUCCAACUCCGACACGGGCGGCAUGGCGGCGGUCAACGGCAUGAACCUCAACCUGCCGGAGGGCCGCACCUUCUUCCGCCGCCCCACCGGCAGGCUCUCCGACGGCCGCCUCGUCAUCGACUUCAUCUGUGAGAGCCUGCACACGCCGUACCUGAGCCCCUACCUCAAGGCGCUGGGCGCGGACUUCCGGAACGGCGUCAACUUCGCCGUCGGCGGCUCCACGGCGUCGCCGGGCGGGUCGCCCUUCUCGCUGGACGUGCAGCUCCACCAGUGGCUCUACUUCAGGGCCAGAUCCAUGGAGAUGAUCGACCUAGGCCAGAAGCCCCCCAUCGACCGCGACGGGUUCAGACGGGCCAUCUACACCAUCGACAUCGGCCAGAACGACCUCUCUGCUUACAUGCACCUGCCCUUCGACCAAGUGCUCGCCAAGAUCCCCUCCGUCGUCGCCCAGAUCAAGUACACCAUCGAGACCCUGUACGUGCACGGCGGCCGCAAGUUCUGGAUCCACGGCACGGGCGCGCUGGGCUGCCUGCCGCAGAAGCUGGCGAUCCCGCGGGCCGACGACGCCGGCCUGGACGCCCACGGCUGCCUCACGGCCUACAACGCCGCGGCGCGGCGGUUCAACGCGCUGCUGGCGGGCGCCUGCGCGGAGCUCCGGCGCCGGAUGGUGGACGCCGCGCUCGUCUUCGUCGACGUGUACGCCGCCAAGUACGACCUGGUGGCCGGCCACGCCGCGCACGGCAUCGCCCGGCCCCUCAUGGCGUGCUGCGGCCACGGCGGCCCGCCCUACAACUACCACCACUUCAAGGCCUGCAUGUCGGCGGAGAUGCAGCUCUGCGACGUCGGCGCGCGCUUCGCCAGCUGGGACGGCGUCCACUUCACCGAGGCCGCCAACGCCAUCGUCGCCGCCAAGGUGCUCUCCGGCGACCUCUCCACGCCCAGGGGGGUCACCAUCGCCAGCCUCGUCAACGCCACGCUCGUCGUGGCCAACAACAACGAUGGCUAGGCUCUCGCUCGUGCGGUUUCUUGCUGCCCAUGGGGGGAAGUGAUGAUGGUAGAAAGGAAUCUAGCCAAGAUAUGAUGAUUGCAGCGAGUUCGUGGAGAUCGAUCCGAGCUGGUUCGCCGCUCGUCAGGAUCGAGCUGGUUCAACAAAGGAGCGAGCAAUUAUGUGACACCAUUGAUUAUUGACUAGAAUUUUGCAAAUGAAAGGGUGGCCCAACCUAGUGGUUUUGUGGGGAUUAUUGGCCUCCAGUUUGAGACUUAAUUUGUACUACAUCAAACAUGAUAACAUACACAUGCAUGUGUGUAAGAUCCACGGUUAUUUUUUUACUAAUUUUCUUUUACCUGUCCUUAUCGCAUGUUGUAGCACGGAUUUUGGGCCUCCGGAGCCUGCACAUCAGCACAUGUCUGGAUUCAGGAUAA